AUGGACACCAGCCCUAGUCUCCCUUCCCUUCCUGCGCAACGGUAUCCCCCUUCGUCUCCUUUAAGUUCACGAAAGCACCCGGUCCAGGACAUGGACGAACCCCAACCUGCUCAUCCGGAUGAUAAACCGUCGUCUAAACCCAGCGAUAUGGAAAACCAGGAGAACACCGCCCCUAUACCUACUGCCCUGACCACCCAGUCAACAACCGAUACAAGCAAGCAGUCCACUACCAGUACACCAGCAGCGAAGAGAAGGAAACUGUCCCCUGCAAGUAAGGAGGCAAGGCAGCAGGAGAAAGAGGAAAGGGAACGCCAGAAGCUAGAAGAGAGAGCCAAGAAGGAGGAAGAAAAACGGAUCAAAGAAGAGGAGAAGAAGAAGCGGGAAGUUGAACGAGAUGAAGAGCGAAAGCGAAAAGAAGAGAAACGAAAGGCCAAGGAGGAAGAGAAGGCUGUGAAAGAGGAAGAGAAGCGGAAAAGGGAAGCAGCUAAGGAAGAAGACCGGCGGAAAAGGGAGAAAGAGAAGUUGAAAAAGGAAAGGGCACAAAUGAAAUUGAAUUCCUUUUUCGCGAAGCCAGACUCUGCUGUGCAGCCUACCAAUCCGAAUAAAGAGUUGCCGAAGAAGCCCACUGCCAUUGCAUAUGAACCUUCUCAGACUGCUGAAACCAUUUUAAACGACUACCAACGAACAUUCCCCGAUUUUUUCUUGCAGUCUCAUACAACCAUUGCCCCUUUGAACCGAUUUGGACGUGACUCAGAGGCGCUUAGGUUGAUGCGAGAGAAAGUUGAUGCCUCCUUGAAAUUGGUUUCUGAGGGUUCGGGAGGCCCUCUGGUGUUCCGCCCUUCCGAGCUCUUUCAGAUCAUGCCGUAUAGGCGGAGAUACGGCCGUCUGGCAGCGUCCAUCCGGGAAAUCCAAUCACAGAUGCGGAAUCGGGAUGAUGAAUAUGGGGUCUCGGAGGCUGCACAGAAUCCGCGAACCUUGCUGGGGAAGGUUAGGAUGAAGUCGCUGAAAUUUAGCGAGGACGUUCGGCCUCCUUAUCAGGGAACCUAUACCAAGCGGUUGCCCGGAUCUGUUGUACGUAAGAUGAUGAGGAACCCUUUCCACCGGGGACUACCAGAAACGAACUACGACUACGAUUCUGAAGCGGAAUGGGAGGAGCCAGAGGAGGGUGAAGAGCUGGACUCGGAAGAAGAGGAGGAUGGCAGUGAGGACGGGGAAGAUGACAUGGAAGGCUUCCUGGACGACGAGGACGACCAUCCUGUGGACGGGAAAAGACGCCUUAUUGUCGGGGAUCUAGAACCUGUCUGUACGGGUAUCCGGUGGCAGGAACAAGGGGUGGUGCCGGAGCUGCAAGCGUAUCAAAUGGAGACGAUAUCGGACUCCGUGACAUUUCCGAUUGACCCGUUCUCCACGGCCUACUGGCAUAAACCCAAGGCUGCCGAUCCGGCGCAGACGGCUGGCCCGGGACGGUCGUUCUUUCGCGCCUUCGUAGGCCAAGCAUCUUCAGCGAGUGCGUCAACGCAGGACGGGAGCGCACUGGGGAAGGCCAAGCGGACGUUCCCGGCAGAGCAGCUGAACGAAUUUAAGCAGGUGGUCGAUGGGAGUGAUCUCACGAAGAUGGGGUUGAUUGAAAUCCUGAAAAAACGCUUUCCGAAGGUCUCCAAAGAUGUCCUGAAGGACACGUUGAAUAGAGUGGCUACCCGGGUGGGACAAAAAGAGGUUGACAAGAAAUGGGUUUGCAAAUAG